AUGGAGACCGAGUUCCAGGAUGGUAAGCAGGAGGUUAUUGAAGCAUGGUACAUGGAUGAUAGUCAAGAAGACCAGAGGCUUCCUCAUCAUCGUGAUCCCAAAGAAUUUAUUCCUCUUGAGAAGCUUUCAGAACUAGGAAUCAUCAGUUGGCGCCUGAAUCCUGACAACUGGGAGAAUGAUGAGAACCUCAAGAAAAUCCGUGAAGCUAGAGGGUACUCUUACAUGGACAUUUGUGAUGUAUGCCCAGAGAAGCUGCCAAAUUAUGAGACUAAGAUAAAGAAUUUCUUUGAAGAGCACCUGCAUACUGAUGAAGAAAUACGCUAUUGCCUCGAAGGGAGUGGAUACUUUGAUGUGAGGGAUGAAAAUGACCAGUGGAUCCGUGUAGCAGUGAAGAAAGGAGGUAUGAUUGUUCUUCCUGCAGGGAUGUAUCACCGCUUCACAUUGGACAAUGACAACUACAUCAAGGCAAUGCGUCUCUUUGUUGGUGAGCCUGUUUGGACGCCGUACAACCGUCCCCAUGACCAUCUGCCAGCGAGAAAGGAGUAUCUGGACAAGCUCCUCAAGCCAGAAGGCCAAGCUGUCGAAGCUCGUUGA